AUGUCUAAAAGAGUGAUACAUCGUUUCUCAAAAGAAGAAGAUAGGAAAAUACUCGAAGUAGUUUCCAAGUACGGGGAUAAUUUGCUCUUAGCAAUGGAUGAAUUGGAAACAAAACUUAGUUCAAAUCAUUCAAGACGUUCAAUCAUCGAAAGAUUCAAAGGAUUCUUAAGUCAGAGCAGAGAAAAAUGGACAGAAGACGAAGACAGAGUCAUACUCGAAUCAUUCCAGCAGUUUGGCAAUCGCUGGACUUUAAUUGCAAAAUUCCUUGCUAAUAGAUCUGGAGAUCAAGUUAAGAUUCGCUAUAAGCAGAUCUCAAAGAAGAAAAUAGUGCCUGUUAGACCGCGUGGAAGACCAAGAAUCCGCCCAAGAGAAAUUGAAAGCUCAAAUUCAAGCGACUCAUGUUCGGAAAAUAAUGGACUUACUGAUGCACUGUGGCACAAUUUAAUAACCGACUUUGGAGCAGCAUUAGAAGAAGAAUCUUACUUUUUAUUUUAA